AUGAAGAUACUUUCUCUUCUAUUAGCGGGAGCGUUUUCCUGCGAUGUCAAAAAGUGUGCUGAGGUCGGCGGGACUUCCCUCUCCCUGACAGAGCUCAACGAAGAUUGGGCGAAGCGAACCGAAUUUUGCCCAGCUGGUUACGGACUUGUCCGGCUUCCAGAACCCCUCGACUGCUGUUUAACCUGUGGUCGUCAAAAUGGCGAGACCUGCUCCCCACUUGAGCCCUGCGACAGCUCUGUUGGCCUGCACUGCACUUCAGGAACUUGCAAACCUCUACAAACGAGACAGUGUUACGUCGACAACUACAGCCAGCCACUUCAAACUGGACAAAGCUUCUGGCAAAGUUGCGAUACGGAGUGCUUCUGUCUCGAGGAUGGAUCCUUGGGCUGUCGAAAGUCGAAAGAUAAGCGAUCACCUGAUCCGCAAUGCAUCCAAGAAGGCAUCAUCGAUGUUGGAAUGCAGAAGAAACCAGAAAAUACCGUUAGAGAGUGGCGACCAGCUGACCCGGAGAAAGGCAUCAAAAGCUGCACGAUUCAGACAACCAAGUGGUCUGCUUGCUCAAGAACGUGCGGUUGGGGAUUUUCUGACCGUCUCUCGAAUAACAACAAAGAGUGUGUGAUGGAGAAGCAAAUUAUGCUUUGCAAACUUCGAAAUUGCGAAAGUGAAGAGGCAGCUUUGAGCCGAAGAACAAGAAAUCUCCAAUCUCGCCGAAAGUUCGCCUACGGUGGACCUCGAUCCCGAAGCCGUCGACAACUCCCCAUCUGCAAGAUCAAGCAAAACAAAGUCCGAACCAGCCGAGACACGAAGAAGUCGCUCUCCUUCUCCGGCUGCCGAACAAAGAAGCCUUAUCAAAUGCGUUUCUGCCCGCAAUGCCCCGGCACCCACUGCUGCCCCGAUAUGGAGCCCGUCGCUGAUAAUAACGAAAAGUACAAAGGAUUCAAGGUCAAGAAGAUUCAGUUUGUCUGCGACGAUGGAGUUAAGUUUAAGAAGAAGCUCAUGGUCAUCAAACGUUGUGUAUGCGGCCCUCAAUGCAAACCAAGAAUGUCGCUCUUCUCCGGACGACGCUUCGACAGCUACUAA